GUUGAGUUAUAAAGGCUGAUUGACAUCUUGAGUGAGGUAUUUCCAUAUAACGGACUGACACUAGGUUGAUUGAGCUCUCUAUUGUGGCUUCCGAGUGUUUAUAAUCAGUUCACCUGUUAAGUUCUAGUACGAACCUGGUUCGAAGGUGGAAGUUGGUAUCCAAUCUGUACUUGGAUUGAUUGAUUACGAUCACUGAGAAGAAAUUUUGUUCAAAAGACUUCUUUUACAUAUUCAUAUAGAUCAUUUUUAUAGGUAAACAAACUCCUAUUUACACACUUUUUUAGAUGCAUGCAUAGUCUAAGAACACUCUAACCAAAAUGUUUAGCGCUCUGUCGGGGUCUAUCUCGACCAUCUACAAUGAAGUACGCGAGGAAGUAACGGCCGCAGGGUCGACCCGUAAUUUCAUUGGCGGACUCAGAGAGCAGUUGCGAGAAGACGCAAGCGAACUCACAACACAGCUGCAAGAAGAUGUAACUGUAUUUCUAGCCCCUCGGGCGUCGCCUAGCAACACUCAGGUACUUCAGACAGAGUACGAAGAGGAAGAUACUAUGCCACGCAGGUAUACACAACCCAGGCCGAAAGCUAGGCAGAAAAACGGAGGCUAUUUCAAAGACUUGCGGCACACGUUGGAAACGCAAAAAUCGAUUCCUGAUAGUAUUAAUAGACGCGGGUCAUACACGCAGACUGCCAAAACAGUUCGCGAGAGUCACGGUCCCAGAGGCUCAUUUGAUGAUCUCACGAGCGUGUAUAAGAGUGAGGAUGAAAUCGAGGCAGUGCAUAUGGAGCUGGUUCAUACAGGCGCACAUUUCCUUCCAGAGGAAAUCAUCGCUGCAAAUAUAUACAGAAAAAGCCAGAUGAGUUCGGACAAUCUGAUUAGCACUAUAGAGGAACAUGCGGAAUUGGCACCGACAAUCAGUAUAGACGGUAUGGUCCCUGCAGAAGUUAGUGAGAUUCUAUCUCCAGCACCUAAAAUCAAACUGAAGAAGAAGCGUGUAGUUCGCAGGAUGGCGAGCCCGGCAGAUAUGAUGAUGCGAUCACACUCCAGUAAUGACCUUGUUAAGCACCGGCUGAGCCGGAAUGAAUCUUCCGAGUCCUUCAGUGUCAGUAGAUCCCCACAUAUGUCCACAGAUAGUCUGAACUCUGAUAAUGCCAGUAGAGGGCCACAACCGCGACUGUCGACUGGCAAAGUAAAGGCCAGGAAGAAGGUGUCACUGUCUGUCGGUGGGGCUUUAAACUCCAUAGGUACGGAUCCCUUGCGUAGAAAGGGUAGCGGCCCAAAGAAGGCACUACAAGCACCUAUGGAACUCCGAAGUGACUCGCGCGUGGGGCUGAACCAGGAUACGAUAUUUGGUGGCAAGCAGGUGAAAAAGGACCUCGAACUGGCGGAGCAACAAGCACAAGACGCGCUGGAAAAUGAGUUGAAGUUAAUGGAAGAAGAGAAUAGGGAGAAAAAGAAACGUGAAUCGGCAGCUAAAAGAGAUAGUUCGACUAAGAGUGCUACUGCGAAGGUGUCUGGGUUCCUGGACAGGUUAGUGCGCAGUCGUAGUGGCAGCGGUAGUGAUGAGCAAACCAAUGGCAAAGGCAAGAGCGAAGAAAAUUUGGAGACGUCUAAUGUGAUACGAGCUAUCAAUGAGGAGAUACACGACUCGGCGUUCCAAGAGAGUGGAGAUGAGCAUGUACAGGUGCCCAAGAUUAAGCACGUCAGUAAUCGCAACGGUACUAAUACUGUGCCUAUGUCUGUCUUCAGUUAGCAAGCGGUCUGGGCAGAUAUUUUACCUUUUCUUCGUUCACUGCAGGCUGGUGAGCGCCAUCUUAGGGAUGUUUGCAACGGCGCUGAUACGAUAAUCAAGGGCUGUCUAAUUGCGCCGAGUGUAAGCAGAGGUUACUCUCAUUGGUUUUUGGAAUUUAACUUGUGCCUUAUUUGAAUCUUUCAGAACUGGUACCUUUGGUGAAGGCAAAUAAACAUAUAUCAGAAGGCCAUCAGGGCCAAUAAAAUGGGUAUAGCAAAC